AUGGUUCCACUAGUUACUUGCUUAGUUUCUGAUUGUUACAUGUCAUUUACCAUACAAGCUGCUGAAGAGCAUGCACUCCCAAUUGUUCUCCUUUCCCCAGAUAUUGCAUAUAAGAGCUACCUGACGAAUGGAUAUCUGGAUACCAAAGUAGAUUGUGUUCCUGGAUUGAAGAACUUCCGGCUAAAGGAUUUACCUGACUUUAUAAGGAUUACAGACCAAAAUGAUUCUAUGGUAGAAUUUUUCAUUGAAGCGGCAAAUCAUUUUCAUAGAGCCUCUGCUAUUGUUUUUAACACUUAUAAUGAACUUGAGAGCGAUGUAUUGAAUGCUCUCUAUUAUUCUAUGUUCUCUUGUUUGUAUACCAUUGGACCUUUACCUUCAUUAUUAAAUCAAACUCCACAUAGUCACUUGGCAUCGUUAGGUUCCAAUCUUUGGAAAGAAGAUACCAAGUGUCUUGAAUGGCUUGAAUCCAAGGAACCUGAGUCUGUUGUUUACGUGAAUUUUGGCAGCAUUACAGUUAUGACUCCAGAUCAACUGUUAGAGUUUGCUUGGGGAUUGGCCAAUAGCAAGAAACCAUUUUUGUGUAUCAUUAGGCCUGACCUCGUCAUUGGUGGCUCCUUUAUUUUGUCAUCUGAGUUUCGGAUAGAGGACUAA